CUCUAGUCAGUUCACUGUUUUCCACUGGACACCAUGCUGAUGCAGCCGGCCAGCUUUGGUUUCCCAGGUGUCCUUGGACUGCUUCUUUUGCUGUGGAGGGGACUUGGUGAGCCCAACCCUCCGGAGUGGCCGGAGACGGUCUACAUUUAUGGCCCUGAGGAUGCAUCGGAGCGGAAUUUGACCGCCGAGAUCGCCGAGCUCUUGCGGGAGCUCAACAACGUCUCGACCGGGCACUACAGCUCGGAGCGCAAGGCCCUGCUCUUCAAGCCCGGCAGCUACGAUGUGGAGGUGGAGGUGGGCUAUUAUGUGCAAGUCCUUGGACUUGGACGACAUCCAAAGGAUGUCUCCUUCACCAGCAGGCGCGGUGUCUUCUCACCGCCCAUGGGGGAAUCCCCUGACCCAGGGUCCUUGGACAACUUUUGGCGUAGUGCCGAGAACUUUCACCAAGCGAGCUCUGAGGGCAUGCUUUGGGCAGUCUCCCAAGCAUGUCCCUUGCGGCGAGUGCACGUGGACAGGAAUCUUUCCCUUUUUGCUCCAAAGGCUUGGGCCAGCGGAGGAUUCCUGGCGGAUGUGCAGGUCGAUGGUUACACCCGGCUGGGUGGGCAGCAGCAAUGGAUCAUGCGGAAUGCGAACAUCUCCACUCCAAGUGCGAGUAUCCUGGGUGGUCAGUGGAACAUCGUCCUAGUCGGCUGCACAGGGACACCACCUGAGACGUUGCCCAGCAACGGCGCGCAUGUAGCGCUCACCAACGUGGCUUUGACACCCACGGUGGCUGAGAAGCCGUUCAUCUCCGUGGAUUCCGCAGGGCUUUUCUCUUUGGAGAUUCCCAUCUUUCGAGUCCUGUCGGUGGGGCCCAGCUUCGCGGAGCAGGAGAUGACGAGCUCGGUGCCCUUCAGCGAAGUCUACCUUGCCAGGAGUAGCGACUUGACAAGCCUUAUCCAAGCAAAGCUGGAUUUGGGCUUGCACGUGGUGUUGUCGCCUGGAAUCUACAACCUCACUGCACCAUUGACUCUUAGUACUGCAGACCAGGUGCUGCUGGGCAUCGGUAUGGCCACACUGGUGGCGCCCAAAGAUGGCCGCCCCUGUGUCUAUGUGAAGGGCUCCGCAACUGGGGUCCGUGUGGCCGGGCUGAUGUUGCAGGCGGCUGCAUCUCCGUCAGUCCUCAAGGUUGUGCCUGUGAGCACCCUGCUGCAGUGGGGCGAGCCUGGUGCCGUGAGCGGAGAUGGCGGAGAUCCCACAAAGCCAGGCGUGCUCUCUGACAUCUUCGCCCGCGUGGGUGGUCCGGAUGUGGACCGAUCCAUAGGUGUGGACGUGGUGUUGCGCAUCUAUUCCAACUACGUCGUUGGGGACAACUUGUGGAUUUGGCGGGCGGACCACGCCUUUGUAGGCCAAGAUACGCAACCAGAUCCUCAAAACUCCUUGCUGCCCAUGAGUGGCCGAGUGCCCAAGGCCAGCGAAUACUACUUGACGGCGGCCGGGGACUAUCCCGCCAAGACGGGCCUCGAGGUCUUCGGCGAUUUCGUGACGAUCUACGGGCUGGCUGUGGAGCAUUUCAUCGAAGACAAUACCAUUUGGCACGGCGAGGCAGGGCGGGUCUAUUUCUACCAGAACGAACUGCCCUACGACGUGGACCAGGAGACCUUCGGCGAUAAGGGCUAUUCGGGGUAUCGGGUGAGCCCAACGGUCCAGCGACAUGAAGCUCAAGGCGCAGGCGUUUACAGCUACUUUCGCGACUUCCAGUGCUUAGUCCCUAGCGGCUUUGUGGCGCCCAGCACCGAUGGCGUGCGCUUCACGAACGUAUUCACACGCUUCCUGAACGGCAAGCCAGGAAUUGAACACGUCCUUAACGACCAGGGCACGCCGGUCUUGGGCUUUGCAGAUCCUUUGAGCCGUUUGCCCAGCUCCAUCCCAAGUCCACCGAAGAGUCCACGAGCGCACCACAGACGAGGCAUCCCGCUCUGGACGGUCUUCUUGGUCGGCAUCGUUUGCGCCGCUCUGGGGUGGCUGGCGAGUAUGUUCUUCUUCCGGGUCCUGGGAAAAGGCGCCCGCAGCUACGACACCGCCACCUCGGACUGCGAGUCGGACGCCAGCAAGUCCUGAGCAGCGCCAGCAAGUGCGGAUGACACAAGCAUAGGCAAUAUAAGUCCAG